GGUGGUUGUGGCAGUGCAGGCCUCGCUUGGGCAGCACCAGCCAUACUUGGUCCCAAAAAGGCUAGACUGUACACGGGCUUGUGGCUUUCGCGACGCGCUGUCUGGAACAGGAAACACUUUACGCGUGGGGUCGUGUCGCCAGACGCGUCCAUGCAGAAGAACAGGAAACUGCUCCACCGCCUGCCGAUUCGUAGUAUUUUGCUUUUCUCCUCUCCCAAGCAACCCGCCCACUCCAUCUUGGCCCUUGUUUGAACACACCACAUCACAUCACCCUACACCAAACUAUCAUGUCAUCUCCAGCUCCUUCUCGCCGGCGAGGCCGACCGGCCAGAGAUUCGGCUACAGACUCUCCUCGCUCCACCCGUUCUCGACAGCAACCGGCGACCAGCAGCCCGGCCCCUGGGGCUACGGAGGACCAGCUGCAGUCGACCCCUCGUGCAUCCAGACGCUCCAGAGGCAAUGCCCCUGUGGCGUCGUCAUCGCCGAUGUUUUUUCAGUCCUCGCCUAUGAAAUCGAAUGGCAAUGCGGCAGAGACACCCGAUGGUAGAAUGGCCAGUUCGCCGGUGAUGGCAUCGUCGGUCGUGGACGACGGGGAGAUGACCCCUCGUGGGAAUGGCCAUGCAAUCAGAGACUCAUCGCCUAUCCGUUACAUGUCCAGUUCUAGUCCCACGCGAGCUCAAGGUCGUCGAGAGCCCCGCUCCGAUAUUAUGAGUGAUAGCAGUGGUCUUUUUGUGUCUGCGCGACCAAAUAACCGGGGUGCCAACUCCCGACGCAGCGAUCUUCAUUCGGGUGGUUUUGGAUCGACUCCGAGUCGCCGACGACGGAUGUUUGUGGACGCCAAUGGCAUGCCUGCUCCCGAUCGCGAGCCCCAGUCAGAUGCGACCUUCUCUAAUACUCAUCCCGAUACUUCUGAAGCUGAAGCUCUGGGGGGUAACUCGACUCGUGUGAUCUGGGGUACCAACAUUUCCAUCCAAGAUUCCAUGUCGGCUUUCAAAAACUUCUUGUAUAACUUUGCAACCAAGUAUCGCCUAUGGGCAGAUGGGGCUACCACAGAACAGACCAGUGCGAUUCCUUAUGCUGAAGAACGUGAAUACAUUACCAUGCUUAAUACCAUGCGUCAAUUGGGUGUGACCAGCUUGAAUCUCGAUGCCAAGAACCUCAAGGCCUACCCGUCUACGUUGAAGCUGUGGCACCAGCUACAUGCAUACCCCCAAGAAAUUAUCCCUCUCAUGGACCAGACGGUCAAGGAUGUUAUGGUCGAUCUGGCAAUCCAGGAGAUGGAGCGGCUUCGAACUCAGUCGCAACGCAUCCAACCCCACACAAGGGAUCUCAGUUCGGCACCUCCUGUUCCGAGCUCAGACGCCAUGAGUGAGACCGGCCGACUUCCACAGACAGAGAUCCCCGAUCUGGUGGCAGAAGUCGAGGCAAAACCUUUCAAGGUUCUUCCCUUUGGUCUCGAUGAGAGUGUGAACAUGAGAGACCUGGACCCAGCUGAUAUGGACAAGCUGGUCAGCAUCAAAGGUCUCGUCAUCCGCGCCACUUCUGUCAUUCCCGACAUGAAAGAAGCCUUUUUCCGCUGCCAGGUCUGUGACUAUGGAGUCCAAGUGGAUAUUGAUCGUGGAAAGAUUGCCGAACCGACAGAGUGUACGCGUACAGUCUGUAAAGCGCGAAACUCGAUGCAAAUCGUCCACAACCGAUGUGUCUUUGCGGAUAAGCAGGUCAUCAAGUUGCAGGAAACUCCGGAUCAUGUACCCGACGGCCAAACACCCCACUCGGUGUCACUUUGCGUGUAUGACGAGCUGGUGGAUGUGUGUAAGGCUGGUGAUCGAGUCGAAGUGACCGGUAUCUUCCGGUGCAAUCCUGUUCGCGUGAAUCCGAGACAGCGCACCCAGAAGACCCUUUUCAAAACAUAUAUCGAUGUCCUCCAUGUUCAGAAGAUCGACCGGAAGAAGCUUGGCAUUGAUGCAUCCACAAUUGAACAAGAACUUUCCGAGCAAGCCGCAGGAGACAGCGAACAGGUUCGGAAGAUCACAGCCGAGGAAGAAGAGAAAAUCAGGCAGACGGCAGCAAGGCCGGAUGUGUAUGAGCUCCUGGCUCGAUCACUCGCUCCGAGCAUUUACGAAAUGGACGACGUCAAGAAGGGCAUUAUGCUCCAAUUGUUCGGAGGUACCAAUAAGACCUUCCAGAAGGGCGGCAACCCGCGGUACCGUGGAGAUAUUAACGUCCUCCUCUGCGGUGAUCCGUCCACGGCCAAGUCCCAGCUGCUUCGUUACGUUCACAAGAUUGCUCCUCGAGGUGUUUACACUAGCGGCAAGGGUUCAUCUGCUGUCGGUUUGACUGCUUACGUUACUCGCGAUCCUGAAACCCGCCAGCUCGUCCUGGAGUCCGGUGCCUUGGUUCUUUCGGAUGGUGGCGUCUGUUGCAUUGAUGAGUUUGACAAGAUGAACGAAUCUACCCGCUCUGUCUUGCACGAAGUCAUGGAACAGCAAACGGUUUCAAUUGCCAAGGCUGGUAUCAUCACCACGCUGAACGCGAGAACUAGCAUUCUUGCUUCUGCCAAUCCCAUUGGCAGUAAAUAUAACCCCAACUUGCCAGUGCCCCAGAACAUUGACCUCCCGCCUACCCUGUUAUCUCGAUUUGAUCUAGUCUACCUGGUUCUGGACCGUGUCGAUGAACAAGAAGAUCGCCGUUUAGCCAAACACUUGGUCGGCAUGUACCUGGAAGACAGGCCAGAGAAUGCAAGCAGCGAUGAGAUCCUGGACAUUGAGUUCCUUACAGCCUACAUCACCUACGCCAAAACCAGGAUCCACCCUGUUCUCACCCCGGCUGCCGGAAAAGCCCUGACAGACGCAUACGUCGCGAUGCGUCAACUUGGCGACGAUAUCCGCGCGCAAGAGCGUCGUAUCACCGCCACGACCCGUCAGCUUGAAUCGAUGAUCCGACUGUCCGAAGCGCACGCUCGUAUGCGUCUUUCCCCCGAAGUGACCGCGGACGAUGUCGAGGAGGCUGUGCGCCUAAUUCGGUCCGCCAUCAAGCAGUCUGCCACUGACUCACGUACCGGCCUCAUCGACAUGGGCUUGUUGACCGAGGGCACCAGUGCCAGCGAGCGUCGGCGUCGUGAGGAUCUCAAGCGUGGGGUGUUGUCAGUCAUCGAAGAGCUUACCACCAGCACGGGGACGGCUCGCUGGAGCGACGUCUUCCAGAAACUGGGCGAUCUCAGCAGCAUGGAAGUCCAACCCAACGAGUUUGCCGAUGCAGUCAAGGCCCUCGAUACUGAGGGUAUUGUCACUAUCCUCGGUGAGGGUCCGCGGAGGAGCAUUCGCCGCGUGCCAGGGGCUGUUCUGUAGUUGUCUAUUGAAUGUUGGGUUUCUUUCUUCUCUCUCUCUCUCUCUCUCUCUCUCUCU